AUGGAUUUAUUGCGUAUGCAAACUUCCAUAGACGAAAUAUUGUCUUUAAUAAGUCAAGCAACAUCACCACAACUACAUAUGAGAGUUGCAGAACUUCUUCAUACAUUAGUUAAUACAUCUUAUCAAGAAUUUUUACGUUAUAGUGAUAGACGUGAAUAUAUAGAAAAUUUUCGAAAUCAUACAAAAAAAUUACUUGAUAUAUCAUUAGAAUUCUUAUCAUCUGAUAUGGCAUAUAUUCAAUAUUUAUCAUUAAUAACAAUAAAUCAUUUAUAUGAUUUAUAUGUUUAUCAUAAUUUAUUAAAUCCUGGUAUAUAUAAUACAUGUUAUAUACCAUCAUCACGAAGACAAUUAAAUAAUAAUAAUAAUUUAAUUAAAAAUAAAUCUCAACAUUUAACUAAUAAUAAACAUCAAAAUAAUAUAUCAAAAAAAUCUUCAACAUUAUCAAAUAUAUUACAUCGAAUAUCACGUGAUAAUGAUGAUAAACGAUCAUCAAUUAAUUUAAUAAAAUCUACAAAUUCAACACAACAAUUAUCGGGUUCAGUUCGAUAUUGUGCAAAUCGUUCACCAUCAUCAUCAUCAUUAUCAAUAACAACACCAGUAAAAGAAUCAACAACAGAUUUAACAAAUCAACAUAUAUUAAAAUCAAAUUUAUUUAAAUAUGAAUUUAUUGAUAAAUUAUCUAAUCAAAUAACAAAUUCAAUAAAUACAUAUGAACCAUUUUCAAUUUUAUAUAAAAUUGAACCAAAUUAUUUAUUAUGUUUAAUGCGUCAACGUUUAGAUGCACAUAGAAAUGAAUUUAAUAAUCGUCCAAAAUGUGUACCAUCAACACGUACACCAUUAUGUACACAUCAUUGUGUUAUUAUAUUAGCAGCUAGAUUAUUAACUAUACUUUCACAAGAUCAAAAUUUUCAAUUAAAAUUUAUUGAAAAUAAACAAAAUUUAUCUAUUAUUAUUGAUAUGUUAAAUAUAAAUAAUGAUCCGCAUUUAAUUUGUUUAAUAUUACAAACAUUGGGUAUUAUUGCAUUGAAUCCUAAUUUUCAUGAAGUAUUAACUCAAGCUGAUAUACCUGAUACUGUUUUACAUUUAAUAUUACCAGCUGAUGAAAUGUUUUAUACAAAUCAAACAACAAAAUUUGCUCGUUAUGUUAAACAUCUUGGAGCACGAAUACUUGUUUAUAUGGGUUUAUUAACUAAAAUUAGUCAUAAAGUUAAUCUAUUCGAUAUACUUGAUAUUGAACCUGAAAAUAUUGAUAGUGAAAAACCACAAUCAUUUGAAAAUAAUUUUGUUCAUCAUAUGGCUAUUGGAGAAACAAUUGUCGGUAGAUUAUGGACAUCAUUUGAUGGAAUUUCAAUUGAAAAAUUACUUGAUGAAUUACUUAAAAAUGGAAUAAAUCAAAAAAAAUCAUUAUCAAAAGAAUCUGAAGAUGUAUAUCAAAGUCGAAUAAGUCAAACAUCAUCAUUAACAAUGAUUAAUUCAAAUGAUAAUCUUCUUUAUAAUUUAUCUUAUUUAUCAUCUGUUAUACAUCCAGUUAUUAUUCUUCGAUUACUUCAACAUAAAAUUUUUACACCAUUAUUUAAAAAAAAAUCACAUUUUAAUAAUUCAUCAAAUCAAACAAAUGAUUAUUUAUUAAAUUCAAAUAAUGAUACAUCAAUAUUAUCAUCUAUUCCAACAUCAAAUAUUAAUCAUAAAAUAAUACAACAACAACAAAGUAAUUCAUUAAUUAAAUAUUCAAAAUCAAUUAAUGAUAAAGAUUAUCAAAUAAAUGAAAAUCAAAGAACAACAUCAAUAUCAAAUAAUCAAUCUGAUUUAUCAUCAAUUAAAACAAAUAAUUCAAAUCAACCAUUAACAACAACAACAACAACAACACGUAAAUGGUUUUGGAAAAAUUCCGAUAAAGUAAAUGAAUUAAAUGAUAUUAAUCCAUUAUUAAAAAAUAUUGGUGAAAAUGAUUUAUUAUCAUCAUCAUCAUUAGGAUGUAUUUAUUUAUCUAAAAAAAAUGAAAAACAAGUUGGAGAUAUGAAAUUAUUUGAAAAAGAAUUAUUAAAUUUACCAUCAUUUCAAUUAAGUGAUUCACAAAAUCCACUUUUACCAAGUCCAACUUGUUUAAGUUAUGAUUUUUCAACACAAUUUUAUCAAACAAAUAUUAAUCUUAAUCGACAAUAUUCAACAUCAAAUAUAAUAACAAAUUCAAAUCAUUCUUUAACUAAUCAUUUACAUAAAUCAAAACAAAAUAAUCGUCAUUUGAUAUCACCAAUGAUAGAAAAAGGUAUUGGUAAAAUAUUUUCAUCACAUAAUAUACCAUUUAUACCUGUUAAUAAACCAUCAAAUGAAAUAAAUCAAAGAUUAAAUGUUCCAUUAAAUAUAUCAAGAUCAAUAUCAUCAUCAAAUAUUGGUAAAACAGUUCAAAAUAAAAUAAAAAAUUUAUUUCGUACAUCAAAAACAAUUGAUAAUAUGAAUUAUUUAUUUGUAAAUCGAAAUAAAUAUUUAUCUAAAACAAAUGAAAAUUUAUUUAUAUGUAAAUCUUCAUCUAAUUUAUCACAUUCUCAACCAAAUCUUAAUGAAAAUUUUAAUAAUCAUUCUGAAAAAAGUCCAUUAAUUAAAUAUGAUAAAAAUAUUAAAAUAACAACAAAAUAUGAAAAUCAAAAUAAAUUAAAUACUAAAAUAAAUUAUUUACAUCGUAGUCAUUCAUGUAAUGAUAAUAUUAUUAUUGAAUCAAAUAAUAAACAUUGUUCAUUAAUUAAAAAUUUUAAAACAAAUUCAACUAAAAUUAAAUUAAGAAAUUCUUUAAAUCAAAGUCAAUCAUCAUUAUCAUUAAAUAAACAAACAAAUAAUAUUAAUAAAUCUGAACAAUCUAUAUAUAGUUAUUCAUCACAAAUAGAUAAACAUAAUUCAAUUAAAUCAUUAGUUAUUGAUCAAUAUUCAAAAGAUAAAACAACUAAACAAGAUAAUGAUGUUCUUAUUCUUAUAGCAAGUUGGGUUUUAAGAUCACCUGAAGAUUUUCAAGAUUAUCUUGUACAAAAAGAAUUAAAAACUUUUUUUAGUUUACUUGAAUCAUUACGUUCUUCAUUUCGUACAUGGACAAGUCAAAUAAAAGAAAUUCUUGCACUUCAAGAUGACGAUAUACAAUUAGAUAAACAAAUUGAUGAUGUUACUACAGAAGAUAUUUAUCGUGAAUAUAUUAAAAUGCAACGAGAUAUUAUUUAUGGACGAUUAAUUUGUUCAAAAGAAGAAGCAGCUACAUUAGCUGCUUUACAAUUACGUAUUCAAACAUGGCCAGAAGAAAAUAUUGAUAUUAUACAAGAAGAUGAUUUUCAUAGAUUAAAUAUAAGAUUAAAUGAUGAAAGAUCAUCAACUGUUAAUUCUCUUGGUUUUGAUAAUAAAUCAUCAUCAUUAACUCAAAGAAAUAUUUCAAAUAUAAUUCAUAUACGUUUAUCUGAUAUAUAUUGUUGUAAACCUGUUGAUUAUAAUUGUCAUAAAUCAAAAAAACCAUAUCUUCCACCGAAUUUUCGUCAUAGUAAUGAUAUUUCAAAAUUAAUUAAAGAUAAACAACGUAAAUUAUUUCAUAUAAAUGAUUAUGAUAAUGCAAGACGUUUAAAAGAAUGUUAUAUACGUUUAUGUCGAAAUUUACCUGGUUAUAAUGCUGAAAUUUAUCUUGUUAAAGAAAUUCAUGGAAAACGAUCAAAACGAAAAGAAAAUCGACUUCUUUGUAUUCGUUCAGAUAAAAUAUAUUUAUUAGAUAAUAAAAAUAAUAUAAUAUGUAAAGAAGAACGUAUGGCUGAUGUUGAACAUUGGAUAACAAGUGGACAUGAUUUAAAUGCUCGAAUAAAUCAACUUAUAUUAGAAUUUCGUAAUAAAACAAAAUGGCGUUUACAAUUAAAUACAACAGCUGAUUUACGUGCUAUAACUGUUUAUUUAUGGAAAAUAGUUAAUGUUGAAGGUUUUGCUUUACUUGAUAAACAUAUUCCAUUAUGUUCAUCAUCAUUAUGUCGAUAUUCUCAAAUAGAACAACAAACAAAUAAUUCAUUAAUAAAUAAUUUAAAUAAAAAAAAUCAUUUUGAAAAUUUAAAACCAUUUAUUGAAAAUAAUCGUCGUAAAAUUUUAACAGGAAUGAUGAUUAAUUCAUCAUAUAUAAAUCAAUGUGAUAAUAAUCAAUUAUAUUCAUUUUCACCUGAUCUUGAAGAAUUAAAAAAUUUAUUUGAUUUUCCUGAAGAAGUAGCUAUACGUUUAACUGAUAUUGAACAUGAAAUAUUUCUUAGUGUACCACCAUUACAAUAUUUAAGACAUUUAACACUUGAUAUAUCAUAUUUAUCAACACAUGAUACUUCUUUACAAGGAAAAAAUAUUCGAAUUCUCCUACAACGUUUUCAAGCUGUUGGAUCAUUUAUUCAACAAUUAAUUGUUUCUCAAACUAAUUUUCAAGAACGUAAAUCUCUAGUUGCAUCAAUACUUCGAUGUGCUAUUACUUGUUGGUAUAUUGGAAAUUUUAAUAGUGCUAUGCAAAUUUUAGCUGGAUUAAAAAUUGAAGCAUUUCGUCCAUUAUGGUUAACAAUAACUGAUGAAAUUCCAGGUUUUAAAUUACUUAUGGAUGCAUUUAAUUCAAAUGAAAAAACAGCUCAAUAUUGUGAUGCUCUUAGUCGAGCAUUAGAUAUUCCAACAUGUAAAGUAGUACCAUUUUUUGGUACAUUUCUUAAAGAUCUUCGAACAAUAUUAAGUAGUGUACCAAGUAUUGUUGUUUUAUCCAAUCGAAAUACACAAAAAACAAUUGAAAAUGUGUCAGAUAUUCAAAAUCAAGACCAUUAUUUAACACGUAUUGGUGUUGGUGGUUUAAUAAAUACUCGAAAAAUGGAACUUGUUAAUAUGGUAUUAAAAGAUAUAGCUAUGUUUCAUAAUCGUCAUCGUCGUCAACCAUUAUUUAAAUGUUGUAAUGAUCUUAAUUCUAUUAAAUUACCAAUUGAAUCAUUAUUAACAGAUAUUAAAGAAAGACAUUCAGCUACAGUUUCAACUCUACCUGAUGAUAAUUCAACAGAUAAAAUAUAUAAAAUUCGAUGUAAUCGUAAUAAAUCAUAUCCAUUAACAUCAUUAACAACAAAUGAAUAUGAUCAACAUAAUAUGACAAAUAUAUCUAUUAAAGUUAUUGAUGAUAAUGAUUUAAUAAAUAUAAAUAAUAAUGAAAAAAUUUCAUUAAAAAUAAAUUCUCAAAUGAUAUAUCGUUCAAAUCUUGAUCAAGAUGAACCUGAAACAUAUUAUUGUUUAAAUGUAUCAUUUUAUCAACCAAUUGCAGAAAUAAAACAUAAUCAUCAAAUAUCAUUAUUAUCAAUGCAUCAUAUUAUUGAUUUUAAUUAUUUACAAAUGCUUCGAAAUGGUACAACAUUAAUUCUUUAUGAUGAAGAUACAAUGCAUACAUGUUUAGUUACUUUAAGACUUGAACUUGAUAAUUGUACAUUAACUUGGACAAAACCUUGUUGGGAUAAUGAUAGAACAAUUGAAAAUGUUAAUUUAAGUGGAGAAGUUUCAAGUGAAUGUUUAGAUUAUUCAAUGUUAAUGAAACGUUAUGUAUUAGGAGAUGUUGCUUUUGUUGAUAUUGAUGAAGGUUUUAUUCAAUUAAAAUAUGUUAAACAUAUUCGUACUGGUAUUAUUCAUUGUGAUCUUCUUCCAAUAAUAAAACAUUAUAAAUUAAAUGAUAUAACUGAUCCAGAAAAUUGUUUUACUAUUAUUUAUGGAUCAUCAAUUAAUGAAAAUAAAAGUCUUUGUUUUAUAAGUCCAAAAUAUAGUUGUCAAAUUUGGUAUUCAAGUAUAGAUAAAUUAAUAAAAGAAUAUCGUAAACAUAGUUUAUGUUGUGAUAGACGUAUUAAUUGGCUUAAAAAUCAAUAUCUUUCAUAUUAUUAUGAAUAUGAACGUUUUCAAGGACCAACACCAAUUGAUGCUGUACUUUUAUUUGGUGGAAGACAAUGGAAUUCAAAUUCACUUUUUUCUUAUGAACGUGAACAUAUAUCAACUAAAAAAACUUCGAAUAUUAUUAAAUCAUGGUCUAAUUUAGCUUUAAGAAAACGAAAAAAACUUGAACAGGAUGGUAAAGGAAGUUGUUCAAUUGAAAGUGAUUUAUCAUCUCGAUUAAAAUCUCAAGAAAAUCGUUCAAAUUUAUCGUCACAUAAUAAAAUAAAUAAUAUUGGAUAUAAAACAAAAUCAUCUCUUGUUUUUCAAACUGUUAAACCACGACGUUCAUUGAUAUUAAAUAAUAAUUCAAUUAAACAACGAUCACCUUUAACAGCUAAUCGUCGAACAAGAUCAAGUAAUUCAUUAAAUAAUUCAAUUGAUACAAAUAAUAUUAAUAAUCGUUUUUUAUCAACAAAUAUUAAUAAUAAUAAUAAUAAUAAUAAUGGAAAAGUAAAUAAAGAAUUAUCAUCACCAUGGAUUAUAAAUGAGAAUUCAUUAGAUUUUAUUGAAUUUGUUCAAUUAUUUAAAUCAUUCUAUUUUCAUUGUCGACGAGAUUUAAAAGAUUUAUUUGAUAAAUUUGCAUCAGAAAUACAUAUUGAACAAGAUUAUACUAUUAAAGAACAAUAUAAAUAUGAUUUAUUAGAUAUGCAAAGACAAUUAACUGGUUUAAUAACAAGAAAUAUAAUUCAAAAUAUAAAUGAUGAUAAUAAAAAUCGUAUAUAUGAUAUGAUUGCUAUAUCAUCAAUACCAUGUUAUGCUAUUAGUACACAUACACGUCACAAUUAUCUUAUUACUAUUGAUCUAUUUAAACUUUUUUUAAUUGAACAUCAAAAAGAAGAUAAACAUUUUAAUGAUAUUCAACUUAUUAUUUAUCGUCAUGAACCUAAUCGAGAAAAUCGUUUGAAUAAAGUUCUUUCAUUCGAAGGUUUUUCACGUUAUCUUUUGGAUAAAGAUAAUUAUGCAUUUGUUAAUGAACAUACCAAAGUCAAUGAACAAGAAAUGAAUUAUCCAUUAUCAUAUUAUUUUAUUGCAUCAUCUCAUAAUACAUAUCUAACAGGACAUCAAUUACGUGGUGAAUCUUCAGUUGAAAUGUAUCGUGAAGUUCUUUUAUCGGGUUGUCGUUGUAUUGAACUUGAUUGUUGGGAUGGUGAUGAUGGUUAUCCAGUUAUUUAUCAUGGACGAACAUUUGUUAGUAAAAUAUCAUUUAAAUUAGUUGUUGAAGUAAUUAAUGAAAGUGCAUUUGUUACAUCACCAUAUCCAGUUAUAUUAUCAAUUGAAAAUCGUUGUUCAUUAAUACAACAAUCACGUAUGGCACAAAUAUUUGUUAAAAUAUUUGGUGAUAAAUUAAUAACAAAAUAUAUGUUUGAUAAAGAUUUUCAUGAAGAUCCAUUAUUACCAUCACCAAAUCAAUUAAAAUAUAAAAUAUUAAUUAAAAAUAAAAAAAUAAAUAAUAUACAUUCAACAACACAAAUAGGAAAACAAAAAAUUCAAUUAACUGUUAAUUAUAGAAAUUCAGUUUAUUCAUCACCUGAUGAUAAUGAUGAUGAUGAAGAUUCCGAUGAUGAAGAUAUUAUUGAUGAUUAUAAUUAUGAACAAUAUACUAAACAAGAAUCACAACGAUCAAAUUCAAUGACUGAUUCACCUAUUUAUCAUUUUAAAAAAGAUAAUAUUAAUCAAACUGUUUAUAGAGAUCCUGAUGAAGAUUUAAGAUCAUAUCGACAACGUCGUUAUAGUAUUAUGAAUAAUCAACCACGACAACGUUUGAAAAGUACUAGUUCAAUCGAUACCAAUCAUAUUAGUAAAGUUAAUAAAUCAGCUGGUAUCAUGCCAAAAAUACCAACUAUCUUAGUUGCUAAAGAUCUAUCAGAUAUUGUUAUUUAUACACAAGCUAUCAAAUUUAGAGGAUUAAGCUGUUCGUCAAUUUCAGCAAGUUCUAUUGCUAUUAAAUCUAUUCGAAAAACUCCUAAACGUACUAUUCAACAGCUUGUUGCUCAACCAAGUACAACGAGUACUGAAAGUUCUCGAUCAGUUGAUCAAGUUUCACCUUGUCAUCAAAUUGUAUCAUUAAUUGAAAAUAAAGCAAAAAAAUUAUGUAAAAGUCAAGGCAUUGAUAUGAUUGCACAUACUGAAACUCAACUUGUUCGAUGUUAUCCAAGUGGAUUUCGUGUUGAUUCAUCAAAUUUUAAUCCAUUACAUUUAUGGAUAUAUGGAAUUCAAUUGGCUGCAACAAAUUAUCAAACACUUGAUGCUGGACAAAUUCUUAAUUUAUCAAUGUUCGAACAAAAUGGUAAUUGUGGUUAUGUUCUUAAGCCUAAUGUUUUUUGGGAUAAAGAACAUUCACAAUAUGGUCGUUUUAAUCCAUCGGUUAUUGAACGUGAGGGUUCUUGUUUCGAAUUAACAAUAACUAUUAUUUCUGGUCAAUAUUUGACACAAAAUGUUAGCUCAACAACAAAUGUAUAUAUUGAAGUUGAACUUCUUGGUAUUCCAAUUGAUUGUAUGUCAAGAAAAACAAAACCAUCAAUUAAAAAUUCACUCAAUCCAAUAUGGCAAGAAACAUUUAUCUUUCAGCUGUUCUUCAUGGAAUUAUCAUUUGUACGUUUUCAUGUAUACGAUGCUGGAAGCAAUCAUUUAAUAUGUCAACGUGUAAUGCCUGCUAAAUGUCUUCGACCAGGUUAUCGACAUGUACGUUUAAGAGAUCCAACAAAUGUACCAUUAGAAUUAACAACAUUAUUUAUUUAUUCUAAAAUAACUGAAACAAUAUUAAUUCGUAGUCCAGAAUCAGAUUUAUCAACGUCAAAUACUCCACAUAUAUUUCGUAAUAGAAUAUUAAGACGAACAGUUGAUCCAUCUGAAGCUGUUGCCACAAGUCGUGAAUCUAUUCGACCUAAACAUAAAACAUUUGAAGUGAAAGUUUAUGGUAAAGAUGGACGUGAUGAAGAAUUUCGACCAUUUGCUGUAACACAAUAUACAACUGUUGAAGAACUUAUAGAAAUGAUUGCUAAAACAAAUGAUUUUCUUCAAAUUGGUGAAACAAUCAAUGAUAUUAUAUUAACUGAAUCAUCUAAAACAUGGAAAAAGAAAAAUUCAUCAACAAAAUAUAUUGAUAUUUCACCAAGAAUACUUGAAAAAUAUGAAAGAAUUCUUGAAGUAAUCGAUCGUGUUGGACGAGAAACAGUUAUUUUAUGUAAAAGAAAAGCUCAAACACCAUAUUUGACACAUUCACCAUAUACUACUACUAAUAAUAAAAAUAUUGAAAAUUUACAAAAUAGUGAUCGAACAUUUCUUGUUACUAUAUAUAAUAUAUCAUCUGUACAAAAACAUACUACUUUUCGAACAUCAAUUAAUUCAACUGCUAGUCAUGUUAUUACACAAUUAAUGAGAAAAAUUCGUAUGAAUGGUAUAUCAACUGAUUAUGGUCUUGUUGAAGAAACAAAUCUUAAGGAAAGAAAUCGAAGAUUUGAAAUAAAACGUCGUUUAAUAUCUGAUGAUGAAAAAAUCUAUGGCAUACAACGUUUAUGGACAUCAACUAAUUCAAAAUUUAUUUUAGUUAAAAAAUCUGAAUAUACACAAAUGAAUAAUAAUAAUAAUGAUAAAUCUUUAUUUCGAUCAUUAACUAGACAAAAAUCUAUUGAUCGAGAUUCACAUGAAGAUCUUCAUCAAUCGAAAUCACGAAUAAAUAAUAAUUUAACAUUUAAUUCAAAUAUAAUAAAUAAUCGAUCUUCUAAUCAAUCAAUUGAAUCAUUAUCAAUAACUAAUCAAGCUAAACAUUCAUUUAAAACAUUAUUUUUAACAAAUAGAUCAUAA